AUGUCGAGGAGUAUACAAGACAAGUAUUACCUAAUAGACUCAACCAAGACUUAUCAGCCAUCAAAACCAACACCACUACAAAACCUCCUUCAUUUAUACAAUCUAGAACCAGUAGCACAACUGCUAUCACGAACUAACCCGGACGGAUCCAAAAAUGUCAAACUAAGAAAAUCAUACAAGGCCCAUAUACUGGAUCUACCCGGUAAGCACCAAAUACCUGAACCGAAAACCAUCCCUAUUGGAUUAAUGGACCCACAAAUUGAUCAACAUCCUGAUAUAAUCAACCAGUUUGAUAGCGAGUUGUUAAAAAGGGCGUUGAGGUUUGAUAGGACUCCGAUCAAUGGUAUUCCUGGAUUUGAUGUUGCUGAUUUGGCCAUUGGUGAUCAACAAACGUUAAUGAGGGGAGAUGAUCGUGAUGAUGAACAAAGUAAGAAACGAAAAAAGAAGCAUCAAAAUGGUGGCGAUUUGAAGAAGCAACAUGUAUAA